AUUCUCUACUUUGUUCCUGCUAUUUUUAAACAAUUGCUUCCAUCUUCCUUCCUUUCUCUCUCUCUCUCUCUCUCUCCCCUAAUUAUUUUUUUAAAUAUCCGCAUUUUUUUUUUUCUACUACUACACUUUUAAAAUUUUUUUAUUAUUAUUAUUAAAACAAUAUAUGUUUAUUUUGUUGUAACAAUCUCCAACAUUUCCUCGUAUAUACACAUAUAUCUAAAACGCGUUUUGAUAUGGACCACGACCAGCAGCUUCUUCAAUUACACGAGUUUGAUCAACAAGUCCUAACACAACCUGAAAAUGCUCAUUCUUAUGCAACAAAAGGCUUUUUAGAAACAAUUUCAGACUUGAUUCAAUUUGGACUGGAAAGAGAUGAUGACGGGAGUGAUGACUAUAAAGAAGAAUUAAAAACAAUAAAAAUGGCUAUCCGAGCCUUUUCGACCAUCUUACCCACUGUUUACAAUACUGUUUGUCAGAAUGAAGCAGAGAGUCGUUUAUGGGAAAUCACGAGAUCCUUAUUAACUUUAGUAGAAUCUCAACUCAUUCAUCAUGUUAAUACAGGUGUUAAAAUCACUUCAAUCAAAUGUUUACAAGUUAUCAUAUUAUUGUUUUCAAAGUCUUCACAAUUAAGAGCAGAUCAUCGACUAUUAAAUGCCCAAGAACUUGAAAAAGAAGGACAAGAUAUGUUUGAUAAAUUAGUUGAUUUUUUGAAAUCUGAUCAUGAAUCCAUCUUAACAGCUGUCAUCAGUUGUCUUGUAAUUAUCGUUAAAAAACGUCAUGUGUUCUUAAAGCCAGUCAUAAACCUUUUCACAUCUUGGAGAAAAACAAGAUCAAAAGAUGAUUCACCUGUAAUGUUACGUAACAUGGAUAAAGCAUUAAAAUUAGCAUUUGUUUCAUUAAUAAGAACUGAAUCGCUCGCAUCGUAUCGAUCUGAAUUGAUUGCAGCAUUUGGCUCAAUAGGAGGUAAUGUUGCCAUGUUUCAAAAUCGUCAUGCUCGUUCGGACGAAGCCAGACGACAAAAACGAGUAGCACAACAGCAACAUGAUGCAGAACGUGAAAAGCGAGCUCGAAUUACUACAGAAUAUGUGAUACCAUCAGGACCCAAUGUGCUUGCUAAUUAUGAUAUUACACAAAUACCCUUGGAAAGUAUCGUCAAUCUCUGUAUGUCGGUUCUCCAGAACGUUUCUAUUGAAGUGAUGCGUGAACGAGUUAGACAAUUACCAGCUGAAGGUGUUACGUUAGCUGUAACGAGGCCAGGCUUUGUUCGAUCUACAACUCCACCUUAUCCACCUCCACCUGAGCAACCUCAAUUUAUCAGAGAUCCUCGAUUUAAAUAUGAAAACGAAAUGAAAGAAGAGCCCUCCAUUAAAACAGAAGAUGACUCUGAUGAAGACAUGAUGGAUCAUUUUGAAUCAAAGCCACCACCUAUUAAAGAAGAAGGAGAAGAAAAAGAAGAAGAGGAAAAAGAACAUUUUAAUUUUGUAGAGGAAAAGAAACCAAAGGUUGAGAUUUUGUCAAGUGUUGAAGAACGAGCUAGUCAAGCGCUUCAAAUGAAGCCCUAUGCAUUAACGACUUCAACCAGUUUAAGUGAAGCAGAAAAGAUAGAGAUGAUUGAAAUGUCCAUUGAACGUAUCCUGUAUGCUGAGGGAGCAUUUCAAGUAUAUGAUCAUGAUAGAAAAGCAACUAAUUCAACCUCAGUGACAAACGCAGUAACAACAAUCAAUACAGCAAAAAAUAUUUGGCUCAUGUUAAUAGCUAAAUUAAUGACUCAAAACAGAACCAACAACUAUUCAUCAGCAGAAAAUAAUGAAGACACUUUAACAGAUGAUAAAGAAUUAAAUGUAUCUAUGGUAGAUACAAAGUUAAAAGAAAUGCUAUUAGAUUUUGUUAUAGGGAAUAUAGGGCAAAGAUAUGAAUUAGCUUUAGAAUGGCUUUAUGAAGAAUAUUUAAUGGAUAAAAGAAAUCAACGAAAGAAGGGUCUAGGAUAUAAACCAAAUUAUUUUUAUUGGUUUUAUAAAUUAUUAGAAAAGAUAAUUCCUAACUUGGAUGCUAAGGAUCGAAUUUUGACCAAAUUAUUAUUGGAUGCCCCUGAAUUAGAUUCAAAGGUGAUUGAUAUGGUGAAGGAGAAUUUAAACAGUGUACCUGAAAGAUUUGUAUCCUGUAUAUCGACACUACGUAAUUUAGUGAUAUCUAGACCUGCAGUACGAUUUUUGGCUUUACAAGUACUUUUAGAUCUUUGUACAUAUGAAAAUGAUAAGAUGAGAAGAACAAGUAUUGUAGCUGUUAAGAAAUGGAAUGAAAAUCAAGUUGAUAUUGGAGAUAGAGUAGAGGCAUUUUCGAUUGAGGCAUUAAAUAGAUUAACAAAAGAAAAGGAAGAGGAUACAAUGGAUACAAAUGAAAAGAAGGAGGAUGUAGACAUGACAGAAAAUGAUGCAAGUAUGAUAGAGCAAGGAACAACUGAAAGAUGGACGGAAAAAGAUGUUGUUCGAUAUGCUGAAUUAUAUUUUGUGUUAUGUACUAAACGACCGAGUUUAUUAAAAGAAUUAUUUUCAGUAUACAAACAAACGACAGAAAAAGUACAAGAAUAUAUUCGACUCCAUAUGGUGAAUAUGAUUAAAUCCAUUGGUAUGAAGUCUCAGGAUCUUAUUCAACUUGUACGUGAAUUUCCUUCUGGAGGAGAAACACUUGUUAUAAGGAUUUUGUCCAUUUUAUGUGAAUCAAAACCCCCCACACGUGAUAUUAUAGCUGCUGUCCAAGCAAUAGCCAACAUAGCAAAUGAACGAUCCAUUGAUAUAACAAGUUUAUCACCAAUAUUGGAAGGGCAAAGUCUUUCUACAGUUACUACAGAUAUAAAAUAAAUUGUCUUUUUUUUUUAUACAAUUUGAUUUUCCAGAAAUAAAAAAAUAAAAAAUAAAAUAAAAAAGAGGGGAGGUAUUAUAUGG